AUGUACGCAUUGCAGUUCCUCGUCGCAGCCGCGACCAUUCAAGGCGCUGUCGCCUCCGUCAAGCGAAUUUCCUGGUUCGACGACGACACAUGCCGUGGCCAACCGGUAACCGUUCAAUGGGCUGUCGACCAAAACCGGGACCCGUGGACUCAGGGCACCUGCGAGAACCUCCAUCUCGUACCCUGUGACUCUGGAAUCAAUUACCAGGCCGAUAAAGGUGCCAACUCGUCAAUGUCGGAGUGUGUCAGCUCCACGAAGAAUGAAGUGGAAAACAACGCCGCUUUUCCGUUUUUCCCAAACACAACAAACUUUGGACAGCCGUAUUUGAUUGCAACCGAAUACGACAACUCCAUCGGAGUCCCCACGUGCAAAAACGUCAAUCAGGUGCAAAACACAUGGUUCCGUACCGCCUACCUUGCCGACGGACACUGCCGCAUGGGUGAGCGAUCUCGCACAAGCUACCCGGGUGCGCCACUCAACCGGUACAUGAAAGUAUCCUGCCAAAUCGACGGCAGCGCUUACGUGGAGGACUGGUGCGACUCGGCAUGCAAUAACUGCCAGUUCACGAGCUUGAUUGGAUAUAAGGACGACAAGUGUGGGUUCAUGGGCGCCGAGACUGGUGGUCAGAACAUUGUCGGCGGGUACUGUAUGGAGUCGAAGAAGGACAUCAAGUUCAGCGAUGCGGGGGCAAAGCCACCAAGUGGAUGGAACCCGCCUAAAAACACAGGGACGCAGGUCGUGAAGGCGGGUGCCAUGGCCAGCAGCGGCAAGGAGUCGACGAUGGUGGCUGCACUGGCUGCUCUGAUUCUCGGUGCAUCCGCACUUUACCUCUAA